CAGGGAGCGACACAGAUCUGGGGUGCAGUGAGAAGUGUGUGCGAGCGUGUGGCUGGGUGUAAGCCCCCGGGGUUUUUUUGGUGGUGGUUCAUCUGUGGACUGAGGUGCCUACUCUUGGUGCUUGCUUGAUUUCGAUCAAAGCCAUGGGUAAGUCCAAGAAGCAGACGGCUCGCUCGGCCACCAGCGACUGGACCGUCGUAAACAAGGAGGAAUGGGCGCAGCAGCAGCAGCUACAGCAGGCCGAAGCAGAGCUCGAAGAGCAGACCUCGAAGCUUGAAGCGCCACGACGACUGACCAAGCGCGACAAGCGUCGCGGCGCCCAACGCGUGCGCCGUGCUGGCUGGAACCUGGUGGACGUGCCGGAAGAAACCAUGUGGAACUUCUCUCAAGAGGGUUUUUGCCGGUUGGAGGAACUGGAUGGCAACCUGAUUGACGAGUAUCAGAAUGGCGUGCUUGCCAUCAACUCAGAAGCGCCCGCAACCGAACCGUCUGCCGCCGACCCCGAAGCAGCCGAUCCAUCAGAGAAGAAGAAGAAGAAGAAGAAGCGCAAAUCCAAGAGCAAGAAAGUCGAUGCUCAAGAGGACGCAUCGGCCGAUCCUGAAGGACUGAAUGUCAUUCAAGCUGACGUCGUCGAUGCCCACACCCUGAAGGACCAGGUUGCUCAGAAGACCCGCACCAAGAAAGGCAAGGCCGCGGCUAAGCGUGCCGGUGCCUCUUCUGACCUUUCCGACAACGGCCAAGCGCAGCCAUCAGAGGCUCACUCUCGUCCAGCCAAGAAAAGCAAGUCCAUCGAGCCAUCCGACAUGGAUGACGAAGACGACCACGACGAUGCGCCUUCAGGUAAGCUGUCGACCACCCGCGAAUCUACAGACAAAAAGAAAAGGACUGACACCACCGAGCACCACCGCACCCCCCACCUCGAGCUUGGUCGUUUCAUGGACCUGACGCCCGUUGUCGGCAUGUGUACACCAGAAGACGUUACAACCUCUCAGCCACUGGCCGACGAAGACCUGGCCGCUUGGACCGUGCUUCAGCUUGAUCGCGAGCUGGCCGAGGCCGUUGUUCGUCGCGGCUUUACUGCCCCAACUCCCAUCCAGCAAGCCGCCAUCGUGCCUGCUGUUCGUGACUACCGCGAUGUCAUUGCCGCUGCUCCAACGGGCUCGGGCAAAACCCUUGCCUUUGGCCUGCCUGUGCUUCAACACAUUCUCAACCGCCGUGCCAGGGGACGGAGUACCGCGGGCUUGCAAUGCCUUAUUCUUACCCCGACCCGAGAGCUGGCCCUACAACAAUCCCUCUGGCAGAUUCAACAACACCUCAAACCAUUGGCCACCCCACUCUCUGUGCGAGUGACCGCCAUCGUGGGUGGCAUGGCGCUCGUCAAGCAAGAGCGCCUGCUCAAGGCAAAACCUGAGAUUGUGGUCGGAACCCCUGGCCGUCUGUGGGAAAUCAUUCAAUCAGGCCACGUACACUUUGCUCAUUUGGACAGCCUGCGGUUUUUGGUGUUGGACGAAGCAGAUCGUAUGGUCGAGCGUGGACACUUUGCCGAGUUGGACAAGAUCUUGGCUCGCUUACCCCGCCCAACCCAGCCUGCCUUUCCCACAGAGGAAGACGCUUACUUGCAACGUGUGCGCGAGAACGCCCGGCGUGAUGGCACGCCCAAUGUCCAAGAAGUGCCAUCGAAUGUAGAAGAGCCGUCGGCCACCCAAUCUGAUGGUCGCAAGCGCUCCUCCAAAGACAAGCUUGAAGAGGAAGUUCUCAUGGACGUCUUUGGCACCGAGACUGCCGAUGAUCGAAUCACCCAGAUGCUGUUGAAAUUGCGCCGUGAUGGGAUGAGUUUCAUCCCGACGGCCAUGGACCAGGCUCACGACGACAGCGAAGAUGAGGCCGAGGACGCUGAUGAAGCCGUGGAGACGGACGAGGGCGCUGAUAGUGACGACGAGAGCGAUGCGGCUGAGGCAGAGGAUGAUCAUGAGCAGCCCACGGAAGACUCUGACCGUGCGCAACGCAAAACGCCAGCAGCCGACUCGACGCUCACUCAGUUGGAGGACAAGAAGACCCAAGGUCCUGACGAGGUGGAGACUCAGCUGGCUUUGGAGCAGAACAAGGUCAAGCGUCAGACGUUUCUAUUCUCUGCCACGCUUUUGCCCCAGUUUCAGAAGGGAGGACGCAAGGGGCAGCGACAGGCCGGCGGCAAGGGCGCCACCGACACGUCGAUUGAGCGUGCCUUGAGUCGUGUCGUGCAGGCGUGUGGUCUUCGCAAAAGCUUUGCCCAGUUGGACCUGAGCACCCAAAUCAUGGCAGGGGAACAGCGUCUGGCUCGCGGGCUGCAGGAGGUGCGCAUUACCUGUCCCAGCACGGACAAAGAAGUGUAUUUGUACUACUUUUUGCGGCGCUUUCCCGGUCGCACCUUGGUCUUUGUCAACACGAUUGACGUUCUCAAGCGACUCAAGACCGUCCUCGACCUCGUUGGACUCAAUCCACAAGCCCUGCAUGCGCAGAUGCAGCAACGCUUGCUGAACUUUAGGCAACGCUUAAAGUUCCUGGAUCGCUUCAAGGAGCAGGACAACUGCGUGCUGCUCGCUACCGACGUGGCGGCGCGCGGUUUGGACAUUCAGAACGUGCAGUAUGUCGUGCACUAUCAGCUCCCCAAGCAUGCUGACAGCUACGUGCAUCGUGCGGGUCGAACUGCACGUGGCACGGCAGCGGGUCUCAGCGUCGUGUUGCAAAGCCCGGAGGACCAGCAAGCUUACGCCAACAUUCACAAGACGCUGAACCGCACUACGGACAUGCAAGCUUUCCCUGUCGAACUAGGUUUUUUCAAGGGCAUCAAGGCACUCUUGGGCGCAGCCGUCAAGGUGGAGCGUUUGCAGCGCCAAACUAAUAAGCCCAAGAACAAUAACAACUGGUUUGCCAAGGCCGCGCGAGAGAUGGACAUUGAACUGGAUGACGAUCUCUUGGAGGAGGAGUCGGCAGCCUCUCAAAAGACAGCGCAGCAGUUGGCCGACUGCAAGGCACGCCUCAAGACCUUGCUGGGGCAGCCGAUUAUGAUGACGGGUGCCUCACGCCACUACGUCUCUUCGGGCAACGCCGAGCGUGCUUUCUUGACGACCAAACACCACAUGCGCAAGAGCCUGCUCUCUCUCUCUCUCUCUCUUUCUCUCUCUCUCUCUCCCUCUCUCUCUCUCUCUCUCUUUUUUCUCUCUCUCUCUUUCUCUCUCUCUCUUCUCUCUUUCUCAAAGCACGCACGUACCAUGGACUACCAUCUCUGA